UGGUAUGGCUUCGUUCACAUCAGUUAUCACUGGUGAUGUGUCGUUGACCGGACAGGUGAAUGGCAGCAGUAGAGCCGGCAGUCGUCAUGGAGGACGUUCGCACAUGGAGGUUGGCGUCGACGGCUCGGGGGAGCAGGAGCCACGGGGAGGCCUUCGGCAGACAGGCAGGCGUUGGGAGGUUAGGAGCGACAACGAGGCCGAGGGGGAGGCCGAGGAUGAGGAGGUGCCCAUUCGCGAUCGUCGCUUCUCUCCCUCCCAUCAUCCGAUCUUUUCACAGCCCGAGGCUUAGGCGUUCGGAGAGGUUGGCGUCGAUAGCAGGCAGAGACCGAACACAUGACGGCGAGGAUCGUGGGGGGCAGAGGACUCCUUCCGACGCCGGUAUGAGGCCCCGCUCGCCGUCGGAGCUCCGCACACACGCCUUUGACGUCGGAGGACUUGGUGGGGGCUUGGGAGAUUUCAAUGUCGAGGGACGUCAACGUGCCUCACCGUCGGAGGUGCGCACCGACGAGGACAUUGUGCGGGGCCGUGUUGAGACUGAGGAGGAGCGGCAUGCCCGUUUGGACCAAGAGGAGGAGAAGCGGCUGCGGAGUUUGCAACGAUGGGAGGGUCGGUCCCCGUAUCUCGAGGAGCAGUGUCGGCAGAGGGAUUUGGAGACAGGAGGGGGGGGCGGCUGUGACGCCGACGACUCGAGUGUCCCUGAGGAGGCAGUUCAGGGGGAGUUCGUUGAUGAGGGACAGGAUGCCGCCGCGGGUGGUGGAAAAGGACGUGGCGACGGCGAGACCGCGGGUGAUGAGGGACAGGGUGCUGCCGUGUGUGGCAGGGGAGAGGGUGGACCCCGUGGAGAUGGGGAUGUCGCGGGUGUUGGGGGAGACGAUGGACCGGACGGAGAUGAUGACGAUGACCAUGGUCCCGAGGACAAUACCGGCGUGAGAGGGAGGGAGUCCGGAGCGGGUGAGGUGGGGUCCGGCGUGAGAGGGAGGGAGUCCGGAGCGGGUGAGGUGGGGUCCGACGUGAGAGGGAGGGAGUCCGGAGCGGGUGAGGUGGGGUACGACAGACGCAGCAAGGGCGGCAGAGACAGUGCAGGAUCGAUGCCUCCACCGCCCGCACAGCCUCCGGAGGCUGGCGUCGACGCCGAGGACCAGACGGCGGCACCCGGAGUUUCGCACAGUUGCGGUUCCCCCCCGACAGUCCGAGAUGGUGUGGGUGGCGGAUGGUCAGCUGUUCGUCGGGUCGGGGACCGGUUGAGGGAGGAUUACAACGCUGGGAAGGGCGUCUUCGCGGGACGUACGGCAGUUCAGACGCAGGCUGCGGAGGGUGGGUCUGGACGUUCGAGCCUGCAGAUGGCAGGCCUCAUGCUCGGUUUGUCACGAGCGGCAACGAGGAUUUCAUUGGUCCUCGAGGCCGCAGGGACAUCCACGGACAUGCUGCAGGGACAGCAGUACACAUCGGGCGGGGAGGGGUUGUUGAUGCGUCCCGGGACGAGACGACAGCGCGGCCUCUCGGAGGUUGAGGCUCAACUCACGGCAGAGGUCGCCGCUGGCCAGGCAGCAUUGGACGCGAUUUAGAGGGAGAGAUAGAGAGGGGGAUUGCUGCACGGGCGGCAGAGGACGAG